AUGCCACUGAAAAUGAAGAAGAAAGGAUCUGCCUCUGGCAAACCGAUGCCCUCACCACAACUCCUUGGCUUGGUUGACGCAUUCCUGGCGCAAAGUGGCAUGGAGUCGACGCACAAGGCAUUUACGAAGGAAAUCACCAGAUUACACCAGAGUGCCAGUUGGCCUGCGCCGGAUGGAGCGAUGCAUGAAGUUGGACUCGAAACGGUUUUUGCAGCUUUCCAAAAGAAUGCAGUUGCCCCUACACAAAAGUCAGGAGAUGAGUCUUCCUCGGUCGACACUGACUCUGAGAGUGAGGCCUCAUCCAAAGCAGAGUCAAGCAGCGCAAGCAGUAGCGCAACCAGCAGUGAAGAGUCGUCUGAUUCCGAGGAAGAGGUCAAGACUAAGGCACAUUCUAAAGGCCAGAAAGGCAAGACUACAAAACGAUCUGUCUCGCCGUCAUCCUCCUCCUCUUCAUCUUCGUCUUCGUCCGACAGUGAUGCCGACGAUGAGGACGAAGAGAGCAGCGCCACCCCCGCCAAGCCCAUAACGGCCCCAAAGUCUUCCUCUGACAUCAACAAGGCUCCUGGAGGUGCUGCCGCGAAGAACCUUAAGCGAAAGGCAGAGUCUAGCUCAUCGGAGUCCGAAUCGUCUUCUUCAGAGUCCGACUCGCCCGAGGACAAGCGACCAGCAAAGCGGGUAAAGGUUGUUAAGAAGCCUGCUGCGUCCGACAGUUCUUCGAGCGAAGCAUCCACAGACAGUUCGGUAGAGGAGUCCAGCGCCGCCGAAACGACAUCUUCGUCAUCGUCAUCCUCCUCCUCAGAAGAAGAAGAAGAAGAAAAAGAAGCAGAAGAUAAGAAGAGUUUUGCCAAACCAUCCAACAAGAAGACGAAAUUGAUCGCCGCAGCCGAUACGCCGUCCGAGUCGUCCGGGACUGUGGUGGGAGACAAUGCUGACGAUACACCGGACCUAUCGCAUUCGGAAGGGUUAAUGCACAAAGACCGUAGUCAGAUGCUCAACAAUACUACGCCCACCUCAGGCCAGAAGAAGCAGGUUGGUGCGAGACCGACACCGUUGGCGCAACUCUCGGCACAGGCCAAGGGAGACCAAUAUCUCAGCAAUGCAUACCAGAGCUAUGAUUAUGCCGAGAAGGCGUACAAGGAUCUUUCUGUUACACGAGGCAAGGGAUUCACCAAGGAGAAGAACAAGAAGAAGCGUGGGAGCUACCGGGGUGGAGCCAUUGACAUCAGCGGUGGCAAGGCAUUCAAGUUCGAUGAUUGA